AUUAUCAUGGCUGUUUCUUCGCACCCACUGGCAGCCACCAAUCUCUACAUAUUGGAUUCAAUAUUCUCCAAUUACGCCUCCUCCAACCCCACUCCCUCCCCAUCAACUAAAAUGGAACCGAGUCUAAUCACUGCACGCGAAAUCGGCCAAGGCCUGCCCGUUUUAAUCAUCCACGGCUGGCAACUCUCCGGAACAGCCGAAGCAAUAGACCUCGAGCCUAUAUUCAGCAAAAUACCCGGCUUUCUUCGCAUUUAUGUGGACCUGCCAGGCAUGGGCACAACCCCUGCAAACAACGUCAAGGAUCUAGAUGACAUCUAUCACCGGCUAGUGCAAUUCAUUGAUUCUCGUCUCGGGACGUCAAGAUUCCUAGUCGCUGGCUCCUCAUGCGGCGGGUAUCUUGCCCGCGCUAUAGCCCUGAAAUACAGCACCCAGGUGGAUGGGUUACUGUUACGCGUACCUCUUAUCGAGCCUACGGAUAGCAAGCGCGAUCUGGAUACUUUCGAGCCCGUGGUUGCAGAUGAGCAGGUCAUGGAGAGUCUCUCGGAUGAAGAUCAGUCCCGGUUGGGGAAUGUUCUCGUGCAAACGCCUGCGUAUGUCGAGGCGUUGAAGACAAAGUACCAGCGGGUUUGGGAUCCGGCGGUGGAAGCCUCAGAUAGUGCAGUGUUGGAUCCGAUUAGAGAAGAUCCGGAUCGGUAUCGCUUGUCGGUUGGGUUGGAUGAUGAGGGGGCGAAGUUCUUUGCUCCGACGUUGGUGGUUUGUGGGAGACAUGAUGGGGUCGUGGGGUAUCGGGAUAGUCUUCGCUUGUUGGAGCUGUAUCCGAGAUCGACGUUUGUGGUGCUGGAUCGGGGGACCCAUGGGCUUCCGGUUGAUGAGAUGGGGGUGUUUGAGGCGCUGGUGAGGGAUUGGAUUGUGAGGGUGGAGGAGUGGAGGGGGAGAUCUUCAGAUUAAUAGUCUGUGUAUUAGUUCGGAUUAUGGUUAGAAGUAGAUGGUGGAAAUAAUG